ACUCCGCCUGCUCUUCCUCUCCUUUUUCCCAAGUCCCCGGCGCCGCCGCCCGCCGUCCCCACCAAGCACCACCCGUCCGCCACCGCCACCGCCCUCUCCCUCCUCCACUUGACCCGGUGGUACCACUCGGAGCGAGGCAGCGAAUACGAAGCUCCCGCCUCUCCUCUCCUGCGCGCGCGGGGAGGGGACGCCUGCUGAAUCAUCGGCCGGCCAUGGCGUACCAGUACCACCACCAGGACCACACGGCGGCCGCGCUGGGGAUGGACCCGGCGGCGGCGGCGGGGAACCCCGGCGGCGGCUUCGCGCCAGGCCUGGGCGCGGGCGCGCCCGGCGGGUGGGAGAGGGAGAAGGCGGCCAUCGAGGCGCACCCGCUGUACGAGCGGUUGCUGGAGGCGCACGUCGCCUGCCUGCGCGUCGCCACCCCCGUCGACCAGCUCCCGCGCAUCGACGCGCAGAUCGCCGCGUGCGCCCCGCCGCCCAUGACCCCCGCCGCCGCGCCCUCCGGCGGCGAGGAGCUCGACCUCUUCAUGGUGAGCUGCUACUACGAGGCCUCCUCGCCUCACGCCGGCCGCGUACGGACGCCCCGCGUCGGCUGGGCCGGGCUGCUCCGCGCGUGCUGUAGUAUGUGUAGAUUGACGCGGCGUGCGUGCGUGUGCGGUUCGAAAAAAUCGGGAUUGGAUGGGAUUCGGCGAUGAAAUUUCCCUGCUCGUGUUGGGAUUGGGAUUUCAAACAGGGUAGCCAGAUUACCUUUUUUCCGAACGCACACAACAUGUUUGAUUGGUUGCGCCUGAGCUCAUCUGGGAUUAGCACUCGCUAAUCCCCGCGGGUGGAUUUCGUUAAAGUUAGCUUCUUCAGCUGCGAGUAUUACUAUGCUAGUUCAUCCCUUGAUUAUUACCCAUCCUUGUUAUCUCUGAACUUGGCUGAAUUUUGUUGGAGCAUAUUACUGCCAUGUUCAGCUACCUAGUGGUCCAAUAUAAGAACAGAACCAAGGCUUGAGGACAGGGGCCAUAGGGUGGGCACAACAUCAUUGUGGAAGUCUGCAGAAUAUUGAUCUCUUUCUUUCAAACACACCACACUUCUUUACAAUAGUUUUGAACUGGCUGGGUGGCAGUGAAAGCCAGGACGCACUAUCUGAAGUUCUGGCUGGCAUCACGUCUCCCCUUGACACUGAGUUCUUUUGCAGAAGUGCUCAUUCUGCAGCUAUGUAUGCUGUCACCUCCAUGAUCUGCUAUGCUGAUGACCGCUACGUCUGCUUUGCUCGAGACGAGGACAAGUGGGUCAUAUAUGGCUUCGAGACUGUCGAGAGAGAAGAUAGUUGGGAGCAUUUGCUAGAACGCUGGUGGCGUGGCACGAGGCCGACAUUGACCGGGGCCUGCUUGAGCCGAGGGCUAGGGCGAGGGACGUGACGGCGUCACAACUCAAGGCGGCGGCUGCCAUCGGUCAAGUGUGGCUCGUCGAGGCUGCUCGAUGUAUUUCGUUGCAGCUGCAGGCCGCGAGAUCAGGCCAGGAAGGCGCCAUGCAUUGACGAGUGAGCCAAUUUUUGGAUCGGACCAUAACAACGUGUCUCAGUCUCUGACUUCUAUAAGUAGUGCUAAAGUUUUGAAUUUGCAUGGCAAGAACCACUUAUGUAGGUAGCUGACACGCUCAACAUUGUGUUUACACUCUUACUUAUGUAAAAGA